UUUAUGAUUUCGAAGGCGCACUUUGCUAGUACUUAUGUGCAGUAAUAUUAAAUGAAUGCAACUCGCAUUCUGCGAAUGUACGAGACGCACGGAGUUUUAUUGAGUCUACUGCAGUCUAACGAAGAUUCAAAAUCGUUUUUAUUUCAAUAUAAUUAUGAUGGCUGUGUAACAAAAUACGAAAGGUCAAUUCAUCAAAGGUCACGGAACUAAGGCAGGUUACCGAGUUGAGCGUGGACAUCGCCGAGGGUCCAGUUACCGACGUCGAUAUAGCUCUGAAAGAUUUCAGUUUUUCCUCUUUUUUAUUGUGUGAAGUGCGCCGAAUAUAAUGGAAAAUACAUUUAAUUUUCUGGUGCCACAACGCUCUCUUUAUCAAGAGACUUUUGCUGGUGAAGAAGGAGUAGCAGCGCAGUCCGUGCAUUACCAGGAGCUGCUGCAACCGUCACGGGCAUUUCAAUAUUCUACUCAGUAUGAAGAUGAUUUUUCCAAUGUUCCCAGAAUUCCAGCCUGGUUUGGAUCAUUUACGGGAACUGAGAACGAAGGUCUUGAAGAAGGAAAUACCAGCAAAUACAGCGCCGACCGGAUCGGUGUGGAAAAUGGUCAUUCCGAAUUAUCACCUUCCCUUCAUCGAAAGAGCAUGUACCAGACUUCUUAUUCUUUUGACCGUGAACAGAAUGAUUUUUUCCCUCGUAAAAUUUCCACAGCGCCCCCAAGUGUAGGGCUAUUUCCGGAACAGCAUGUUGGAACAAGACAGAGGACAUCUGUUACACAGGCUAACUUCUCUGAUGUUCUUCCUUCCGAGCCGGAAACUAGUAUAGAAUACCAGCCGCAAUGUACUUCCAAGCACGAGAAAAAGCGAUCUUCCACACGGGAUCUUUCAUUUUUGGAAGAAGCCACUCUCAGUGCACCGGAAUCUAAGUACAGCCGUAAAUACUGGCGGAAUAUGUCCGUCGGUAUUGUCGGCCCUCUCGUACCAGCUUUCCAAGCCAGCGAAACAACGGCAUCCAAAUUUCACCAACGCCCUCGACAUUCAAAGGAACUUGACGUCAAUACCACAAAAAAAAUCUCGCUUCCACCUCUUUAUCAAAUGCCAUCCGACUAUCAAACGUCAUACGCAGUAGAAUAUUCUGGACAAAGGCUGGACGAGCGCUUCCAGCCCGACAAGAAAGGUCAGCCGGAUUAUUAUGAUAUAAUGCACGAUGCCAACCAGUUACCACCGCAUCAGCUGAGUGAACGCCAGACAUUUUGGAAUGCCGUGUCGACGCACCUGAAAGAUCAGUUGGACACUUACAAAGAUGAACCAAAUUACGGUGACCUUUACGCGGGGGCUGAAGCGUACAGGAAACGCAGUGUCGCCGAGCCGGAUGCCUAUGAGCAACCAACAGCGCCGCCCAACAGAAUUCGAAGAAAUGCGAUCGUGGACUGCCUGGAUAGUGUGCCAUACAACAGAAAGACAACGUAUGUGGAAGACAUAAGAGGUGUUGUGGUGCCGAAACCACAGCGGGCUGCAUCGCCGCGUUCGUCUAUUAAAAUUUUAAUGGAUGACGAUCAUAUGGCAACCGCGGAGUCGGAAUACGCGGAUGAGUUCUAGCCAGUAUCCAGAUGUCCUUUUCCUUACUGUGUGUUUUAUUUUUACAUUCUCCGUUAGAAUCAGUUUCGAUUUUUUAGCUCAUUUUUUGUUUUAUCUCUUCCCUUCUAUUUCGGAACGGCAGAUAUUGAUUUUAUCUUCCUAUUAAGUUUUUAUGAUUUUAUUUUGAAUUUCCUACUAGUCUGAUUUCAUGUCUUUUUACGCAAACUUUGCGGUAACAUGUGCAAUUUAAUAUUUUCUUUAUUUCGUUUUUAAUUUUUUACGCUGGCCGGUCGGUUUUCACGCUAUUUUUAUACUAGCAUAUUGUAUUUUGCAGCACAAGAAAGUCAUGUAAUCCUUCGAUAGAGUAGAUCGGAUUGGAAUGAUUUUUAAUAAGUCAUCAUUUCCGUGACAUAUCGAUA